GUUUCCGCUUCGCUUGCGUGACGCUUUCUGGUUUCUGGGCUCGUCUUUCCCGUUGAGCUCACCUGCUAACCGUCCCUGAUCUUCAUCCGCUCACGAACACACGGAACAUGGAUGACUUUGACAUGCUCAACGCGCCCCCCGCUGGGAACGGUGUCGGCUCGGAGGAGGACCCCGCGGCCGCUUUCCUGGCCCAGCAGGAGAGCGAGAUCGCGGGGAUCGAGAACGACGAAGGCUUCAGCAUCCUGGACGGCGGAGAGAUGCCUUCAUCUCUGGGUGACUCUACCGAUGGCACUGUCAACGGAGACCUUCAUGGGGAAAGCAACGGUCCAUCAGAUGCCUAUGCAGCUAUUUCCAAUGCAGACCGGCUGCAGGCCGAACCUGAGAGCCUACGCAAGUGGAGGGAGGAGCAAAGAGAGAGGCUGGAGGUCCUAGAUGAUAACUCCCGCAAGCAGGAGUCAGAGUGGAAGGAUAAAGCCAAGGUGGAGCUGGAAGAGUGGCACGCCAGGCAGAACGAGCAGCUGGAGAAAACCAAAACCAACAACAGGGCGGCUGAAGAGGCCAUGGUUUCGGAUCUGGAUGAGAACAACCCCGGCACAGAGUGGGAGCGGGUGGCUCGGCUCUGCGACUUCAACCCCAAGUCCAGCAAGCAGGCUAAAGACGUGUCUCGCAUGCGCUCCGUCCUCAUCUCCCUGAAGCAGGCCCCACUCGUCCGCUAGGCAGCUGAGGCUGCUCAGGGCGUCAUUCCAUAUCAUUUCACCACACACCAACCCGACGACCGAUGUCCCAGCAUCUGUGUUUUGAAGACGAGGGGAAUCAAAACCUCUCUGUCCUUAUGUUUGCCAUGCACGGCCCUGUGGGAGGAGAUAGCCAGCGAUCCCGUCCUCUUCUAUCUCCUCCUGGCAGGGCUGCAGAGAUUAUCCUUCAGGAACCAGCUCACCAUUUUCUCCUGUUUGCAAUUCUUCCACGGAUCAAUCAAGACCUCUUAACUCCUCGUCCCCUUUGAUAAACACAGAGAGAUCAUGCCUGUUAGAUCAACACCAGGUCUUGUGGUCUGUGGAACGUGUAACAGUGAGAAUGGCGAGUUGGGACACUAAAAGGGAAGGGCUGAUUGUUUGGGCCUCCAGCUACACUACAACUUGAUAACAUGCCCCCCCUAAACAAAAUCACUCCCACAAUGCUGUACUCUCUCUCUCACCUGUAAAUCUAACCAGUCCUCUGAUGUACCGGGUUCGUUUGAUGUGUAAGUGUUCGUAUUUUGCCCUCCAACACGUCAUCUCAUGUGUUCUCACCCUUACAAACAAGCUAACGCAGAGCUUUUCUUUAUGUUGUUUUUUUAAGGACCAAACUCAAAGACAAAACUCCAAAUUCAGUGUGUGUGUGUACAGUGUGUGUGUAGACCCCACGUGUGGCAUAUUGUGUAAAACUUUCCGAUCUAUGCAUUUCCUUUUGAAAAGCCUCUCCCCUCUCUCCAGUCAGGAACUGAACAAAGUCCAGUUACUACAAUAAAUGUGACCGUUUGUGUGUUUCAACUCAGCUGUGCGUGUGUAUGUACUCUAUGCGUGUACCUAUGUACAUAUACAGAAGGCAAUAUAUAUACAGUAAACAAAAUGUUUAUGUCACUGACACUAGACAGUUGUGGUUUUAAAGGAAACUAGAUAUUAGCCAGCUGCUUGACCAUAGUAUUCAUUGUCCAUUUGAUUUCAAUAUCAGUAAAACCUUGAAGAAAA